AAAGUUGCGCAUGUGAGCUCGCAUGUGGGUAAGUAAUAAUACUCAGAUGCAAACCAUCAGGGUCCACUUACUAUGGGUGCAAAAUUUCAGGUUUCUAGGUUCUUUCUUCUUGGAGCUAUGGCAGUCACACACAUAGACAUGAUCUUUUAUUAUUAUAAAUGUAGAACUACAGCAUGAAUAGGAUUAUCAGCAGUUGUCAAUACAGAAUUAAUCAUGCAUCCCAGACUCUCAGAUCAUUAAAAUGUUGUAUAUGCAUUCUGUUUUUUUUCUUCUAAAUUCUAUUUCAUUGCAGGCUUUUACUCAGCCACAAGAUUCUAAACGUGAAGAAUUCAAAAAAUAUUUGGAAAAAGGAGGAGUUCUGGAUGCAAUUACCAAAGUUUUGGUUAGCUUGUAUGAAGAACCAGAGAAACCAGAAGAUGCCUUAAAGUAUUUUAAAGAAAAGCUAAGUGUUGCUUCACCUGAUGUACUAGAAAAGGAGUCAAUAGAAAGAGAAUUAGCCACAACAAAUCAGCAACUUGAAGAUGCCCGGAGGGAAAUAGAAGAACUUAAACUGAAGCUGGCUGAAACAAAGAAAGAAGAUACAAGUGAAAAUUAGCCAUGCAGUUUUGUAUAGAAACGACAAAAAAAAAAGACGGACAUUGAGAAAAACAAGGAAUUUGAAGAUGUUUUUCCUUUCGAUUACUAUGUUAAGUUAUUGUUACUGGUAUGCUAUGUUUUUUGUUUCUUUAAACAUGGAAAAACGUAUUCCAUAACUAGUUUUACUCAAUGAUAGGGAUGAGUAAACCUAUCAAACAAAACAUCUUGUACUUGUUUAGUCAAAAGUGUAGAGUUUAUUUUUUUUUCAGUUGCAAAUAAAUCAUUGUACUUCACUGUUUAACAUA